AGAUGUUAAUAAUGGGAUUGUGUGUUUUUCUUUUUUUUUUUGGAUUUCUCAGCGAGCGAUUUUGAGAAAGUCACUGCGCUUUUUCGCUUUGGAUAAUGUUGGAGGUUAAGCAAACGGAAGUGUUGGCAUUCUUGAAUGACUAGGAUGAUUCCACCGUAGGAGGGAUUGGCCAAUGAGUUACAUAGCAUACAAUAAAAAACAGAGAUAAAAUCACUUGUUGUUCUAGUGGGAGGUGGAGCAUCCUGGGACCUUUUAGUUCUCGUAGCCGGAAGCUUUCCUUGUCAGUGAUAUUUGGGCGAUCUGCUGCCAUUCCCGCUGCAACAUAAACGAGAAUGGUUGCACUGGACAGAAAGGAUACCACCGAUCUGCCUCCAGGACCAGAGCAGCAUGAGCUCGCUGCGUCUGAAAAGGAUACUAUUCCACCAUAUACUAUGACAGACGUGCCGGCCAAAGCCGCCGCAGACAUCAAGCCCACCAUCUUUCAACGACUAUCCCGCAAACCACCACCUCCAACAUCUCCACCUUGUCCCGGUCGACAGGAUCGAUCGUUUCUGUCAAAAUGGACUUACAUGUAUAUGAAUCCGAUGGUGUCGAGGGGGAUGAAACGGGAGCUUUUGCCAGAAGAGUUUCCACAGAUUGAGAAUGAGGAUGAGGCUAGAAUGUUAUCAAGUCGGCUGUUGAACGAGUGGGACAAGGAAGUGAAGGAGCGGGGAAGUGGUGCAAAGUUAUGGAGAGCCACGUGGAGAGUAUUUGGAUGGCGAUACAUGUUGGCAGGCCUAUCCUUCUUUGCCGAAACCAUUGUUAAAAUCGGUGAAGGUGUGUUGCUGGGAUAUCUUUUGCAGUGGUUUCAAAAGACCGACAAGGAAUCCCGCGAGGGCUAUCUUUUGGCUAUGGGCAUGGCAUUCUGCGUCAUCACCCAUGCGGUACUUCACCACGUUGUCUUCUUUCUCGGCAUGCGUAUGGGAAUGCAAAUGCGUGUGGCUUUCAUCGCUGCAAUAUACCGAAAAUGCCUUGCGCUCUCAAUAUCAAAUACCUCUUCAACUGGUUUGAUUGUCAAUUUGGUCUCAAAUGAUGUGCAGAGGUUCGAGGAUGCAGCACCGUUCGCCCAUUUUGCAUGGCUCGGCCCUCUAGAGCUACUGCUAGUCCUUUAUUUUAUGUAUGUCCAAAUCUCGUGGGCGGCAUUCGCCGCGGUCGGGGCGCUCUUGAUGGUCAUCCCGAUGCAAGCGGCGUUUGCGGGUCGGUUUGCCAAAUUGAGGAAAAAGCUGGUCAUCUUUCGAGACGAUAGGAUAAAGAGUGUGUCGGAUAUGUUGGCGGGAAUUAUGGUGGUAAAGUUGUACGCCUGGGAACUGCCAUUCAUGAAAAAAAUCAACGAACUACGGAACCGGGAACUUGGCUACAUCAAGCAUGCUUCAACAUUGCGUGCAAUCAAUGAAGCUUUGUACUUUGCGUCGUCCUCGAUUACGUCCAUGUUUGGCUUCAUCACAUUUUUCCUCAUGGGUGGAGUAUUGACGCCUUCAAGGAUUUUCACAUGCUUGACUUACCUGACCAAUGCUCGUUUGACAAUCACCAACUUUUUCCCAAAAGCGGUUCAGUUCCUAUCAGAAUCAUGGAUUUCUUUGCAGCGUAUCGAAGCAUUCCUGUCAUUGCCGGAAAUUGGCUCCACGCGGGAACUGGUCGAAGAAAGAAAGUUUCUGGACAGCCUUGGCGACCCUUCUAUUAUGAUUGCCAUCAGGGAUGGUACAUUUACAUGGGGGGAAGGUGUAACGAGUCUAGAGUCCAAACAAGUGGUUCACCAGACCUUAAGUGAGACCGAAAAGAGCGGCCCUCGGGAGAUCCUCAGUAAGAUCGACCUCACCAUUAGGAAAGGAGAGUUGGUCGGUGUUUGUGGACCUGUGGGGAGCGGCAAGUCCUCGCUGGCAAACGCCAUUCUAGGAGAAAUGGACCGUGUGAGCGGACGAGUGGCGUUAGGUAGCCGCAAGAUCGCUUAUGCGGCCCAAUCUCCCUGGAUCGUCACAGGGACCAUCAAAGACAACAUUCUCUUUGGCUUACCUUUCGACGAAAAGUGGUUCUGGGCGGUGAUCCGUGCAUGCGCUAUGGAGAGGGAUGUACAGAAGUUUGCAAACGGUAUUCACACGCUAAUUGGCGAGAGAGGUGUCACGUUGAGCGGUGGGCAGCGCGCGCGACUUGCUCUCGCUAGAGCCGUAUAUUAUAAUGCAGAUAUCUACAUUAUGGACGAUCCACUGUCUGCAGUAGAUACAAAUGUCGGAAGACACUUGUUUGAAAAGUGCAUUCAAGGCGUCUUGAAAGAUAAGGCCCGCUUCCUGGUGACGCAUCAGCUCCAAUACGUACGAGGCUGCGAUCGCGUACUUUUGCUCGAAAACGGGACGAUUUCUGGAAUUGGUCCAUAUGACGAAGUUAUGAUGACACCAGGAUCGCCUUUUGCCGGCGCACUACGAGAUUUUGCGGCCCGCCCCGCCGAUAUGGAUCAGAGUGUUGACGAUGGGGAAGAAUCCGAGGGGCCAACCACCCUUGAUGAACCUCUCAGCCAGGACGAGGAGGUCAAUAUACCCUCCCAAAUGUCAUCCGACGAUUCUGCAAAUUCAGCAAACUCAACGGGAGAACUCUCCAAAGAGCAGGUGAUACAAGGCAGUAUUGGCGCAGCCACGUACUAUCGAUAUUUCAAAUCCGGUGCAGGCGUGACAGCGACGAUCGUUUUGGCCGUCUCUCUUGUCGUAGGAGAAGGAGUGGCAGACGUCGCGAAUUGGUGGUUAGCGCACUGGUCUCAAGAAAACGAUAGCGAUAAGCAGCGGCCGAUGAACGCUUGGGUAUUCUUUGCACUAGUCAUGGUCACUGUGAUACUGUCGAACGGUAGAGCUUUGCUGUUCUUUUAUGUAUCGUGGGUAGCCGGCCGUGCAUUGUUUGUCAAGAUGUUGGAGGCCGUAUUCAAGAGUCCCAUGCACUUCUUCCAAGUUAAUCCGCAUGGGCGACUGAUGAACCGUUUCUCAAAGGACAUUAAUCUGCUUGACGAAAUGCUCCCGCAAACUUUCUUUGACUUUAUCCAAUGUGCAUUUAUGAUCAUCGGAACGCUUGUGAUCUCCGUUGUAGUCAUUCCCUACAUCCUCGUCCUGGUUCCUCUGAUCGGCGUUGGCUUUUACUUCCUCCGAACGGCAUACAUAUGCACAUCCCGUCAAAUUAAGCGAAUCGAAUCUGUCACGCGGUCGCCCGUGUACUCGAACAUACCGUCAACUCUUGAGGGCUUAUCCACCGUUCGUGCAUUUGGAGCGGAAACGAGAUUCGCCAACCGCUUUGUUGAUCUUCAAAACGAUAAUACGAGAAUGUACUUUUGCUUCAUUUCAUGCGCCCGAUGGCUGGGAUUUAGGUUAGAUGUCGGUUCUGCACUGUUCUUAACAGUUGUCGCUUUCGGUGCCGUCGGAUUACGUGAUGCUUUGGGGCUCAAGUCCGGUGUUGUUGGGCUGCUGUUGACUUAUGUCUUGCAGUUGACCGGUUUGCUGCAGUGGGCGGUACGACAAAGUGCCGAGGUGGAGAAUUACAUGGUGUCGGUGGAAAGAGUUUUGGAGUACACUGAGCUGCCACCUGAAGAAACCGAAGAACACGAAUCCAAAGCAGCAAAGCGAGGCGACCUUCCUGAAGCAUGGCCAGAUAAGGGCGAAGUCGAGCUUAACAGCAUGUCUCUUACAUAUCCCAAUACAACUCGUCCAGUCUUACGCAACAUUACCGUCCGCAUACCUCCCGGCACCAAAGUCGGAAUCGUGGGCCGAACCGGAGCGGGAAAAUCCUCGUUCCUCCAAGCCCUCUUCCGCAUUGUUUCGCCGUACCCUCACGGAUGCAUUCAAGUUGAUAAUAUCAAAACUGACGAAAUACGCUUGAGCGAAUUGCGUUCCCGUAUUUCAAUCAUUCCACAAGAACCAUUUUGUUUCAAGGGCACUCUCCGAUUCAAUAUAGAUCCUUUUGGAAAAUACGAUGAUGCAGAGAUUUGGCGGGUGUUGGACGCUGUUGAGCUGAAAAAGAGGAUUGUGGAAGGACUAGCUGGGCGGUUGGAGAGUGAAGUUGCAGAGAACGGAAGCAACUGGUCCGUCGGCGAACGACAGCUCAUCUGCCUUGCUCGGGCUAUUCUCCGAAAUACAAAGCUCAUUGUCAUGGACGAAGCAACUUCUGCCGUUGAUCUCCACACAGAUGCACUGAUCCAACGCGCCAUCAGGGAUAAGGAAGGAGGAAUGUUCAAAGAUGCUACUGUCCUUACUAUAGCACAUAGGUUGAAUACAGUUAUUGAUUAUGACCUUAUCAUGGUUCUGGACGACGGACAACUCGUCGAAUUCGGAACUCCAUACGCUUUAUUGGAAAAAGAUGUCGCCGACUCGGGCGCAUGGUUUGCUCGCAUGGUGGCUGAGAUGGGUGACGACGCCCGCGAGGUUUUAAAGCAAACUGCUUUGAAAAAGGAGAUGGAGCGAAGGGGAGCUGAUAUACAAUGACUUGGGUGUAAUUAGACAUUUUUUGCUGUGGGAUUUUUUUAAUGUAAGGGGAUGAUUUGGAUGAUUUUCAGGGAAGGACACUGUAAUUAUCUCCCCCUUUCCACAUUAGUUUCUAUGUAGUACACAAGUAGGCUAUACGUGUGGGGUAGCACUACUCCAUGCUGUCUUCUCGCAACAUAAUUAAGAUUUUUUUUGGUCGUUAUAUAGAUAUCGACCGUUGCUGUCAUAGUUAUAGAUUUCCUAAAUGAAUACAAGUUGAAAGUGGCCAACGAGGGCAAGGACCGAUGAGUAUCGAGAUGAGGUCUCUAAAACAUUGUAGUGCCUAGACAAAUGCCAGCAAAAAAAG